AUGAAAACUCCGAUUUUAAAUCUCUUUUCUUCCGACGGCGAUACUCAGAAACUCAUUCUCACAUCCCCUCCCGAUAUAUCCGCCUUUCUUCUUCUUCUCCAACAAUCAAAUCUCUCAGAGCCAACUGUACCCACUUCUCCGAUCUCCCGGAGCUCCACUCGCUCCGGCUGGGAAAACUAUGUCUCAGUCUAUACAAUUGUCCACUCCUUCACGCACUCCUCACUCUCUCCACCUCCCGCAAUCUUAAUUCCACCGUCCCAUCUCCUCCUUAUCCUUCCGCCAGUUCCCUCUAACCUCCACCGUCAAGUACACCUCAAUCAGAGCUUCCUUCUCUCUUUCCCCUUUUUCUCCGCCGUGAAGCAAUUGUGA